AUGGUGUUGAACUUUCGAUUCCUUCUGGCGCUGGCGCUAGGCAGUGCCAUUGCCAUUGAGGUGCCUCGUCAACCCAAACAACCUCUGGGAAAUGGAACGCGACUUCUAGCUUUUAAUGACACAAUACCCAGCGCUAGACUCAGAAGUAAUACAACCUCUAUUGACUGGUUUGCUGGAGGCGAGGAUGGCGUCGGUGUCACUUUGUCGGAUGAAGGUGAUCUCGUGCUCCAGGAUUUCGUCACUGGCAAUACAUCUAUCUUAGUACCUGCCGGCGCAGUUCCAUCCGACUACUGGGAAUAUUUCAUUCAGCCAAGCUUGGAGCGGGUACUGUUCUCUACGAACUAUACGAAGCAGUACCGCCAUUCAUACUUUGCUGAUUAUGUCAUUUAUGAUGUCGCAAGCAACGAGACCUUGCCGUUGGACGAAGAACAGCAGGGCGACGUUCAGUAUGCUUCCUGGGCACCCAUUGGAAAUUCCAUCGCUUUUGUUCGUGGUAACAACUUGUACAUCAGCAAUGGUUCAGAAGUAACACAAAUCACUUCCGAUGGAGGACCGGAUAUUCUCCAUGCCGUGCCUGAUUGGGUUUACGAAGAGGAGAUAUUUGGCGUCGCGUACUCCUUCUGGUGGAGCCCCGAUGCGAAUUACCUGGCCUACCUCAGCUUCAAUGAGACGGGGGUUGGCACCUUUUCAAUACCUUACUACAUGCACGAUCGAAAAAUUGCUUCUCCUUACCCCUCUGAGCUCGAGCUCCGAUAUCCUAAGGUCGGCACCACAAAUCCAACUGUCCAAUUCACCUUGCUUGACAUCCAGACGUUGGAAGGUUCCCCUAUCCUGGUGGAAGCGUUUGAAGCGAAUGACACUAUCAUAGGUGAGGUGGCCUGGGUUACCGGCGAACAUUCCAGCGUGCUCUUACACGUUUUUAAUCGCGUGCAAGAUAUGGAAAAGUAUGUGCUUGUCGAUGUUGAAUCUGGCAACACGAGCACCGUUCGAGAGAGAGAUGGUUCAGACGGCUGGCUCGACAACAAUCUAGCAAUCACUUACAUUGGCUCCGUCAAUGGUAGCAACGAGACCUGGUACGUAGAUCUAUCAGAUGAAUCAGGCUGGAACCACUUGUACCUCUUCCCAGUCGUUGGAGGUGACAAUGUGACUCUCACCUCUGGUGAAUGGGAAGUCACCGACAUUCUCAGUGUCGACUCGGAAAGAGAACUUAUCUACUACCGAUCAACGACCUUUCACAGCACGUCCCGCCAUGUGUACAGUGUGUCUUACACGACCGGAGAGAUCACGCCUCUGGUAAACGACGAAGAGCCCGCGUAUUAUUCGGCAUCUUUUUCACCUUCUGGAGGCUACUAUCUCCUAUCAUAUCAGGGUCCCGAUGUGCCAUAUCAAGAUCUCUACUCCACAGAUUCCUCCGAACCUCUGUCCACCAUCACAAGUAAUUCUGUCCUCCAUGAUGCGAUCCAAGAAUACAACUUGCCCAAUAUAACAUACUUUGAGCUUCAACACCCGGAUGGCUACACUCUUAACGUUAUGCAACGACUCCCACCCAAUUUUAACUCCUCUCAUCAGUAUCCAGUACUUUUUAUUCCAUAUGGUGGCCCUGGAGCCCAAGAGGUCUCACAAACAUUCUCAGCCCUGAACUUCAAAGCAUAUAUUGCCAGCGACCCGGAACUCGCCUAUAUCACCUACACUGUUGAUGGCCGUGGUACUGGCUACAAAGGCCGUGCCUUCCGUGCAAUUGUUGCCUCCCACCUCGGUCGCUAUGAGCCCCUUGACCAAAUUUGGGCUGCAGAGCAGAUCAUUUCCAGCUUUUCUUACGUCAAUCCCGAGAAGUUUGGCAUUUGGGGGUGGUCGUUCGGCGGCUAUUUGAGUGCAAAGGUGGUGGAGCUUCAAGGGUCUGGAGGUCCAUUCAGUCUCGGACUCAUCACAGCCCCGGUUACAGACUGGCGCUUCUACGAUUCAAUGUAUACGGAAAGAUACAUGAAAACCUCAACCAUGAAUGAAGCUGGGUACAAUGAAACGGCGGUUCGAAAUGCGACAGGGUUCAAGGACAUUCGUGGUGGAUUUGCCAUUAUGCACGGCACGGGUGACGACAAUGUCCAUUACCAGAACACCGCCGCACUGAUCGACUUGCUGGUCGCUGAAGGGGUGACGAGUGAGAAUAUGGACAUGUUUGCUUUCACGGAUAGUGACCACUCAAUCAAUUACAACGGUGCUACGACAUACAUCUACAAGUACUUGAGUAAAUUGCUGUGGGAGGAGGUUCAGAGGGUGCCGGCAGAGAGCUUGGCCCAUCAGUGGUCGAAGAGGAAAGUUGUCGCACGGGAAUGGGUUGCAUAG